AUGGAUUUUGAGGAAACUUUUGCUCCUGUUGCAAAAAUGACUACUGUCCGUGCUCUUAUAGCAGUUGCAUCUGCUCGUCAGUGGAAUAUAUCUCAGUUGGAUGUUAAGAAUGCUUUCUUGAAUGGCGAUUUACAUGAAGAGGUCUAUAUGGUUCCUCCUCCUGGGGUCCCUCACAAUCAUGGAGAAGUUUGUAAGCUUAAGAAAGCUCUGUAUGGUCUCAAACAGGCUCCUCGAGCAUGGUUUGAGAAGUUCUCCAAUGUUAUUACUUCUCUUGGGUUUCUCUCAAGUAAUCAUGACUCAGCACUAUUUGUUAAGUGUACCAAUGCAGGUCGUAUUCUCCUUUCCUUAUAUGUUGAUGAUAUGAUCAUUACUGGUGAUGAUUUAGAUGGAAUUGCAGUGUUAACGUCUCAAUUAGCUUCUCAGUUUGAGAUGAAGGAUUUGGGGCCUCUUCGGUAUUUUCUGGGUAUUGAAGUUGCCUUCUCCCCAAAAGGCUAUCUUCUUUCUCAGUCAAAAUACACUUCUGACAUUAUUGAUCGUGCUCGUCUUACAGAUACAAAAGUAGUUGCCACUCCUUUUGAGCUCAAUGUUCAGUAUUCUCCUUCUGAUGGCACUCCCUUGCAUGAUCCUACUUUGUAUCGCGCUAUUGUUGGCAGUUUGGUUUAUCUCACUAUCACUCACCCCGACAUUGCAUAUGCUGUUCACAUUGUUAGUCAAUUUGUUGCCUCUACUACUACUGUUCACUGGGCAGCUGUUCUUCGCAUUUUGAGGUAUCUUCGGGGUACUAUCUUUCAAAGCCUUUUGUUUCCCUCCACUUCUUCCUUGGAGCUGCGUGCAUACUCUGAUGCUGAUCAUGGUCGUGAUCCCACGGAUCGGAAGUCUGUUACUGGUUUCUGUAUCUUUUUGGGUGAUUCUCUUAUUUCUUGGAAAAGUAAGAAACAAACUGUUGUCUCCCAAUCUUCCACUAAAGCAGAGUACCGCGCUAUGUCAUCUACUACCAAAGAAAUUGUUUGGUUAAGAUGGCUGCUUGUAGAUAUGGGUGUAUGUCAUUCUCAACCCACUCCUAUGUAUUGUGACAAUCAGAGUGCCAUCCAGAUUGCUCACAACUCAGUUUUUCAUGAACGCACCAAGCACAUUGAGAUUGAUUGUCACUUCACUCGUCACCACCUGAAGCUUGGCACUAUCACUUUGCCUUUUGUUCCUUCUUCUUUGCAGAUUGCUGACUUCUUUACUAAGUCUCAUUCUAUUUCUCGUUUUCAAUUUCUAGUUGGCAAACUCUCGAUGCUUAUUGUUGCUGCAUCGUGA